AUGUUGGCCUACAUGCUACUAAGUAUCUUUGGGGGAAUUGUGCUUGUCUUCAUUAUCUUCGAUCCUAAAGCAAUCCCCGGAUUAUGGCAUGCCCGUAUUAUUGCGAUUCUCCUAAACCACCUUGUUUGGAAACGCAGUCAACCCUCGCUCUCAUCUGAUGGGCCAUCCGCCCUCUUUCGUCCACUCCGUACCCGAUCCUACUGCUCCAUCACCGAAGUCGACUUCAACCUACACAAAUCCAACAGCACCUUCUACGCAGAUCUGGACAUAAGUCGGAUCGAAUUACUACUGUCCCUUUUCAAAGACGUCAUUACUCCACUAUCUCCGCCGGCCAGAGAAGGAGGCACCGCGGAGAGUGCAGAGAAAGACGGACGGCGGAAACUGAAACAUCUUACCCCGGCACUUGGGGGCGUCUCAUGUAUCUUCCGCCGAGAGAUUAAGCCCUGGCAGCGGUAUGACCUCGUAUCGCGAGUCCUGUGUUGGGAUGACAAGUGGCUGUAUAUUGUUAGUCAUUUUUUGAAGCCUAGUGACCACAACGGGGCGAGUUUAGCGGCCUCAGAGGAUCAGAUUUUCGCAUCAGCUACUUCUAAAUAUAUUGGUUAUGCUGGGUUGGCUGUUCUCCAGCUCACCCUCAUGGGCCUUUGGGCUUCCCCAUCGGGACAAACCACCACUCGAGCCACCAUUGGAACGACCGUCGUAUCCUGGCUGGCAUCAGUAGUCUUCGGGGUUCUUUCUCACUAUGAACAUUUUCGAACUAUUCGACCGGCGACAAUUAACAGUGGCUAUCUGUUCCUCUCCUCUAUCUUGUCCUUACCCGAGACACGCACGUUGUACUAUGUCGAGACGCACCGCUCAAUACCGAUUCUCUAUACAAUGGUUCUGUGUUUAAAAUUGAUGUUGCUUGUUAUCGAAACAAUAUCAAAGGUGUCUAUUUUAAAGAAGGAAUAUAGAGAUUCGCCGCCGGAAUCGACGGUGGGAAUCCUGGGAGAAUGUCUCUUCUGGUGGCUGAACCCACUGUUGCUACUUGGUAACCAGAUGGACCUCACGGUUUCGCAACUGCCGGCAAUCGAAGAAUCUAUUCGCUCAACCGGAGUAGGUCAAAAUGAGCUGGAGGAGCUCUGGAAGAAGGGAUCCAGCAAAUCCUCCGAUCACAGCUUGCUGUUUGCAUGCUUUCGAUACUGUCUGGGCCCGAUCGUGUUAGGCAUUCUCCCUCGAGCGCUACAGGUGGCCUUCACCUUUGCCCAACCUUUCCUGGUCGAGGCAACCGUAACAUGGGUGUCCGCGAGCGAUCUCUCUCACCCAAAGGGAGAGGGUUACGCACUGAUUGGGGCGUUUGGGAUUGUUUAUAGUGCCAUUGCGGUCUCCACAGCUGUUUCUCAACACCAGGCGUAUCGAGUCGUCUCCAUGCUACGAGCCAGCCUGAUUGAUAUACUAUACAGCCGUGUUUUGGUCAUGCGCGAUCUAGACGUCGAGACCAGUACCCCCGUCACACUGAUGAGUGCCGAUAUGGAGCGCAUUUCCAGUGGCCUUCGCUAUAUCCAUGAUUCAUGGGCAUGUGCUGUCGAGAUUCCUAUCGCACUGUAUCUGCUGUGGCAACAACUGGGGGUCGCCAGUAUCGCUCCGAUUGUCGUGGUGAUCGUAUGUAUGGCGUUGUCCGUGUUAAUUUCCACCCUGGCUGGCCCCCGUCAAAAGCUGUGGCUUGAGGCCAUCGAGAACCGGGUCGGGGUCACUGCGAAAGUGCUCGGAUCGAUGAAAGGAGUCCGCACAUCUGGCCUGACCGACAAGCUCUUCAACCUUGUCCAGACAAUGCGUGUUGAGGAAGUGGCGCAGUCCGAGCGAUUCCGCCGACUGCUCAUCCUGGUGGUUGGCGUUGCCUAUAGCAAUGUCACUCUCUCCCCGCUGGCCUCAUUCAUCAUCUACUCCCUCAUUGCAAGGCAUAAGGGGGACGAAACUCUGACUCCUGCAAAGGCAUUCACGUCUCUCACCUUGUUUACAUUACUCGCUACUCCCAUCGCUCACCUGGUUGAGGCGGCCACUGGUGUCGCCACCGCGAUUGGCUCCAUCAAACGAAUCAAUCGGUUCUUACUGUCGGAGCCACGGCAUGAUGACACUCAGGAGGACCGGUGUGUCCGGAGGAACACGAGUAUCCCAGUCAGUAUUCCGUCGAGUACCCUCACGUUAGUCGGAACUAUCUACGAUGAAAAGGCCACCUCUUCUCGUAUGAAUAGGAUCUCCACUAUCUCCACGGUCUCCAGUAUAUCUAGUCACGAAACAUUGACGCCAUAUGACGAAUCCAUUGGCCCAGUGUUUAUGGCGAAGGGUCGCAGCGCGGGCUGGGAAGAAAGCAAACCGGCGGUGGUAGAAGAUUUGAAUUUUGAGAUCCCACGAGGUACUGUCACAAUCGUCGUUGGACCCGUCGGAUGCGGGAAGAGCACGUUUGUGCGUACGCUACUACGAGAGACGCCGAUUUACUCAGGAGGGCUGAAGGCUGAUCCAGAGGCCAUUGCCUAUUGCUCCCAGGCGCCGUGGUUGACGAAUAGGAGCAUCCAGGACAAUAUCCUGGGGGAGUCGCUGUUCAAUCUGCGGUGGUAUAAUACGGUGAUCGAUGCAUGUGCGCUGUAUGAGGAUAUCCGGGCACAGCCAAAUAGGGACCAAACUCUUUUAGGGACCCAGGGAGCCGUACUCAGUGGCGGGCAGAAGCAACGUGUGGCCCUGGCCCGAGCAGUAUAUUCCAAAGCAGAUACCAUGAUCCUGGACGAUGUCUUCAGCGGGUUAGAUCGUUCGACCGAGGAUGCCAUCUUCCAUGCGCUGCUGGGUCCGGAGGGACUGUUGCGGAAGAUGGGAACGACGGUCAUCAUGACCACGAAUAGCCCCAUCUGGGUUGAAAAGUGGACCGCAUCUAAUGCGAAGCAUCCUAACUCUCAAUUGGGUUAUUGGCUGGGGAUCUAUGGGGCUAUCGCAGUGAUGGCUGUUUCCACUCUUGUCCUUGCUUGCUGUGCUCCGAUGUCAUUCUUCCAUACCACUGAUUUAGGCACUACGACGAAUCGAUUCAGCCAGGACCUUCAGCUCAUUGAUAUGGAGCUCCCCCUCUCAGUCCUUAACACGAUCCUUACCUUCUUCACUUGCGUCGCUCAGAUCGUGGUCGUUUGCGUGGCAACCAACUACAUCGCCGCAACUAUACCGGCCUGUCUGAUUGCCUUCUAUUUCAUCCAACGAUUUUAUCUUCGCACAUCGCGCCAGAUGAGAUAUCUAGAUAUUGAGGCCAAAGCUCCCUUAGUCUCACACUUCCUCGAAACACUCAGUGGCCUGUCCACCAUUCGCAGCUACAACUGGGAACAGCACUACCGCCGGCGCAAUAGCGAGUUGCUCAAUGAGUCCCAAAAACCCUUCUAUCUCCUCUACGCUAUCCAGCGAUGGCUGGAACUAGUUAUCGCUUUGAUGGUGGCCGGAUUCGCCGUGGUCCUGGUGGGCGUGGCCGUUGCCACUCGGGGAAAGCUCAGCGCGAGCUUCAUUGGACUGGCCCUCCUGAAUGUGGUAACAUUUACCGAGAACCUACAGGGUUUGGUCAAGCAGUGGACGGUCUUAGAGACAUCUAUCGGUGCAGUGUCGCGAAUUCGUAACUUCAAGGCUACGAUAGACUCGGAGCAUCUGGAGUUCGAGACGUUUGUGCCACCACCAGACUGGCCGGCCAGAGGGUCGAUCGAGUUCACUGAGGUGGUGGCCGCCUACAAGAAUGCGUCGAGUCGUGCGCUCGAUCAUAUCUCUCUAUCUAUCAAGGCAGGGACCAAGAUCGGUAUCUGUGGUCGCUCCGGAAGCGGAAAAUCAUCCCUGAUAUCAUCCCUCUUCCGUCUAAUUGAACUGGCUAGCGGGGCUAUCACGAUAGACGGGCUUGACAUCACCACCCUGACGCGCAACUCCUUGCGCGCCCAGUUAAAUUGCAUCCCUCAAGAGCCAUUCCUGCUACCGGGCUGCUCAGUCCGCCUAAACAUAGACCCCGGGGCCGGUAUACACGACGACAUCCUCACCGACGCGCUCAAGAAGGUCCAAAUGUGGGGUGCUGUUCAGGAGCUUGGAGGGUUGGACGCGACCAUCACCGCAGACACUUUCUCACCAGGCCAGAGACAGCUUCUCUGUUUCGCCCGAGCCAUGGUGCGAACGGAGGGGAAGAUAUUAGUUCUCGAUGAGGCGACGAGCAGCAUUGACACCAAAACGGACGAGAUCAUGCAAUCGCUCAUUCGGACCGAAUUUGCCAAUCAUACCGUGAUUGCCAUCGCACAUCGGCUGGAAACGAUUGUCGAUUUCGACGAGGUGGUUGUCAUUGAUGCCGGGCGAGUUAAGGAGCGUGGCCCGCCGGCGGAGCUGCUUGAGAAGAAAGGAGCCUUCGCCGAGUUAUAUUGGGACAAGAAUCGAGGGUCAAGUAGGACUCCAUUAGCGCUUGAGAUCAGAUGA